AUUCAAUUCUCCAGUUACAUCGCCAUACGCCAAUUGGAACAAGUCCAAAGCGUCUGCCCAAUUGCCAAUGCCAAUUCUAGAUCAUCUACAGACAUAGUAGCGAAUGCAAUCACUCAGCUACGCGAGAUCUCUAGCCAUAGCGUACAGACCACUUACAACGCCCAGAUUCAGCACAUACUCACACGCAGCAAUGGCAGCCACACGGCGUUCUGCACGGAUCAGCAGCAAGGCGAGCGCCAAAGAAGCAGCCGCGGUUACAAAGCCCACUGCUGCUGCUCCUGCGCCUCCAAAGGAGAAUAAGAGGAAGAGAAAAGCAGUUCCCGAUCCCGAACCAGCAGUGCCCAAGACACCAACCAAGAAGCAGCGAUCAGCCGCCCCCCCUUUAACACCCACCACCAGCGCUGUCAGUUUCAAUGGCGAAGACAAAGGCGCAGCUCACAAGUCUGUCACUCGCCUCGCAGACCCCAGGUUUUCCAAUGCGACGCUGCUGUCGCCACAGACGUCCCGGAUAGUUGCUUCGCGCAAUGCGGAGCCUGAGUCUCCUUCAAAGGCGGCUUCUAUCGGCGGCAAGACCACGACGACAACGGCAACAUUGCUGCGGGAGGCGUGCGAUCACUUGAUCAACGUGGACGAGCGUAUGAGGCCUCUGGUUGAGAAACAUCACUGCCAUGUAUUCUCACCCGAAGGACUGGCCGAGAAGGUUGACCCGUUUGAGAGCUUGGUGAGCUCCAUCAUAUCGCAACAGGUAUCCGGCGCGGCAGCUCGGUCAAUCAAAUCUAAAUUCAUCGCCCUCUUCUUCCCGGAAGGCGAGGCUUCUCAGCCUGCCAACUACGAGGCCGCCGUGGAACGAUUCCCGAUGCCAUCCGAAGUCGCGGCAUGCUCCAUUGAGAAGCUGCGCACCGCUGGCCUCUCGCAGCGCAAGGCAGAGUACGUACAGGGUCUUGCUGAGAAGUUUGCGAGCGGCGAGAUUACGGCGCAGAUGCUUCACGAUGCGCCAGACGAGGAACUCAUGGAGAAGCUCGUCGCUGUGCGUGGGCUGGGCAAGUGGACCGUCGAAAUGUUUGCUUUCUUUGCUCUGAAGAGGAUGAACGUCUUCUCACUGGGUGACCUCGGUAUCCAGAGGGGCAUGGCUGCAUUUGUCGGUCGAGAUGUAGCCAAGCUCAAGAACAAGGGAGGCAAGUGGAAGUAUAUGUCGGAGCAAGACAUGGUGGAACUGUCAGACAAGUUCAGACCGUAUCGGAGUUUGUUUAUGUGGUACAUGUGGAAGGUAGAGGAGGUGGAUGUCAGUACUAUGGAGUAAUGUUGAAUGUUAUAGCGCACUUGUGCAGCUUGUAUUAUAGAAUGUCGCAAGAUGGGCCCUCUACAGUUUCUAGCUCAAUGCUUGAUGUUAGUUGUUGCGUUUCUCCUUUCAUAUGUGCGA